UGGACCUGGGGGCUUCUGGAAGGCCCAGGAGGGUGUAGGUCUGGGAUCCUGGCCAGAGCACAGGGCGGCCCUUUCGCCAAAUUCACGACAAGCCCCUCUGCGAUUUUCCAACCGAGAGACUGCUGGCGACUGGGAAACAUCUCUGAACCCAUAGUCAGACCCAGGGGCCACAGCAGGACUUAGGCUGGGAUUCCUGGGGUCAUGCUUCACCUCAUCCCAGAUACCCUCUCUGUUGUACCCAGGGCCUGCUCUGGCUUGUCUGCCCGGGGGAAGGUGAAGGGCUGGCCUUUGGGGAGGCAGGCAGACUUGGGUCCCAACCUUACUGGCACUUCGCAGUGUGGCCUUGGGCAGGUCACUCAGCCUGUCAGCUUUCUUGUGACAGUGAGGCAUGGAAGGUCCGCAGGGAUGUGGUGUCCCCCGGGGGGAGUCUGGUGCCGCACACACAGGAUCGCACUGAAUCCUCUCAACAGCCCCGAGGCAGCACCUUUGCCCCAUUCAGACGAGGACCUGAGGCUUUGGCCAGGCCACACAGCUGACAUGAACUUCCAGGUGACAGGCCUGGGCCUGGACAAGAUGAAGCUGGACAGUCCCCAGUCCUUCCUAGACCAGGAGGAGGCCGAGGAGGCUGAGGAUCAGCAGCUGCUGGAGCCAGAGGCUUGGAGGGCCUACAUGGAGCGCCGCACGGCGCUGCGCGAGUUCCUGACCUCGGACCUGAGCCCCCACCUGCUCAAGCGCCACCAUGCCCGCAUGGAACUGCUCAAGAAGUGUUCCUACUACAUCGAGAUCCUCCCCAAGCACCUGGCCCUGGGGGACCAGAACCCCCUGGUGCUGCCCAACACCAUGUUCCAGCUCAUCGACCCCUGGAAGUUCCAGCGCAUGAAGAAGGUGGGCACCGCCCAGACCAAGAUCCAACUCCUGCUGCUCGGGGACCUGCUGGAGCAGCUAGACCGUGGCCGCGCCGAGCUGGACGCUCUGCUGGAGUCGCCUGACCCGCGGCCCUUUCUGGCGGGCUGGGGGCUGGUGGCACAGAGGCUGGCAGACCUGUCGGCGGUCAUGGACAGCUUCCUGGCCAUGAUGGUACCUGGGCGCCUGCACCUCAAGCACCGUCUGGUGUCUGACAUUGGCACCACCAAGAUCCCGCACAUCAGGCUUAUGCUGAGCACCAAGAUGCCCGUCAUGUUUGACCGAAAGGGGUCGGUGGCCCACCAGGACUGGGCCAGCCUGCGCUGGUUUGUCACCAUCCAGCCGGCGGCCCCGGAGCAGUUCGAGCUGCGCUUCAAGCUGCUGGACCCACGGACACAGCAGGAGUGCAUGCAGUGCGGCAUCAUCCCCGUGGCCGCCUGCACCUUUGACGUCCACAACCUGCUGCCCAACCGCUCCUAUAGGUUCACCAUCAAGAGAGCAGAGAGCUACACGCUGGUGUACGAGCCUUGGUGGGACAGCCUCACCCUGCAGACCAGGCUGGGGCCCCCAGAAGGGCCCACCCCCAGUCGGCUAGGCAAGCCGGGCCUGCCCCUGACCACACUGUCUGCGAGAUGAUUUUCUAAUAUUUAUCCACUAAUAAAGACUAUAAACACACACACACUAUUAAAGAAACAAACCUACUUACGUUUUAGACGCA